AUGACUGAGGUCGCGGCCUUGGCCCUGCCACAGCUGUUCUCGAUAGUUCCCGACGCGACAGCUCCCCGACCCCGACAAAAUAGCCGACUGGACCUCGACACAUCCCUCGUCAGCAGCAACGGCUGCUUUGAAUUCGACCGGGUCAUAAAAUGUGGCUACGUGGAGAAGCGCACCAAGACAAAGCAAUGGAAACCCGUAUAUCUUGUCCUGCGGCCUGGCUACCUGUCCAUGUAUAAGAACGAAAAGGAAACAAAGUUGCGCUAUCAAAUACACCUCCCGGAUCUCAAUGCCGUCACUUUUCUCAAGGACCCCAAGCAGAAGCGCCACAACGUCUUUGGACUCUUCUCGUCCUCCAAAAACUUUCACUUGCAGGCGCGCUCACUGCAGGACGCACAUGAGUGGGUAGACCUAAUACGAAAGGAUGCCCGACUCGAGGAGGAAGAGGAGGAGAUGCUCCUCGCGAGGCCCCUCGGCCGCAGCCUCUCCCCGAUCGCACCCUACGCGCUGCCGCCCAAUGGACUCACCAACAUUGACGAGCAAAUAAACCGCAUGCCUGAGCAAUUUCUCUCGAGCUCCCCGGAGACCUUUGGCCCUCCUGCGCCUGGCUUCCUCGGCUACGGCGAGAACUCGGUCAUUGACUCUUCCGGCGGCGAGAUCGCCUCCCACUCCGACAUGUCUGACACCGACUUUCAGCGCAUUCGCGGCAGCUCCAUGGAGAGCCAGCCGUUUCCCGGCCACAUCGAGGUCGGCUCGAUACCACCCGGCACCAGACUGCCCUACCGCCCGGCUGCUCAGCGCUCCACAAGCCAGGUUAGCGUCACCAACAAGGAACAGGAACUCGACCGCGUCGUUUGGCAGGGCUGGCUGUGGCAGCUCAAGAGCAAAGGCGGCGUCAAGCAGUGGAAGGACAUGUGGGGAGUGCUGCGCCGGCGGAACCUGAUCCUGUACAAGGACGAGUCCGAAUAUCUCGCGCAGUGGAUCGUGCAUCUCUCCAUCGUUGUCGACGUUGUUGACAUCGAUCCCCUCAACAAGAGCAAGGAGAACUGCUUGCAAGUCAUCACCGAGGAAAAGAGCUUCAAGUUUUGCGCCCACGACGAAGAGUCCCUUGUGCAGUUCAUCGGUGCUCUUAAGAGCCUAAUUGCGAAACGCAGAGCGCUCGAGUCCAGACUUGCGGCGUCAUAUUCUUAA